UAGGAAGUGGACAAAGGGCAGAGGAGAUGCGAAUGGACUUAAGAGAUGUAAAGCAAGAAAUUAUGGACUGGUCGGAAGUAGAAGGCGGCAUGUUGGAUGGCCAGUGGAUAAAGCAGGAGGUGGAGGAUGGGCCUGAGGUGAAGGAUGAGAAAGUAGGCAUACUGGAGGUGAAACAGGAGAUGGAUAGUAGUUUGGUGGUAAAAGAAGAGAAGUUUCAUGAACUAGAGGUAAAGGAAGAGAAAGUGAAGGUGAAGGAAGAAGUAAUGGACUGGCCAGAAGUGAAGGAAGAGGAGAAUAACUUAGAGGUGAAACAAGAGGAGAUGUUUGUUGCUCAGAAAAUAAAAGAAGAGGAUAUAAUGGAAGGAGUGCAUGUGAAAGAAGAGAUUUUCCUGAAGAAAGAAGUGAUGGAUGAUACAAAGGUGAAAGAAGAACCUCAGAUAAAUCACUCAGUGGGCUGCAAGCGGAAACUGGCCAUGUCAAGAUGUGAAACUUGUGGUACAGAAGAAGCAAAAUACAGAUGUCCACGUUGUAUGCGAUAUUCCUGUAGUUUGCCCUGUGUGAAGAAACACAAAGCAGAACUGACAUGUAAUGGAGUUCGAGAUAAAACUGCAUACGUUUCAAUACAACAAUUUACUGAAAUGAAUCUCUUAAGUGAUUAUCGAUUUUUGGAAGAUGUGGCAAGAACAGCAGACCAUAUUACUAGAGAUGUUUUCUUGAAAAGACCAAUAAGCAAUAAACAUAUGUACUUUAUGAAAAACCGUGCCCGAAAGCAAGGUAUUAACUUGAAACUUCUACCAAAUGGAUUCACCAAGAGGAAAGAGAAUUCAACAUAUUUCAAUAAGAAAAAACAGCAGUUUUGUUGGCAUGUGAAGCUCAAGUUUCCUCAAAGUCAAGCUGAGUACAUAGAAAGAAGAGUACCAGAUGAUAAAAUUAUUAAUGAAAUCUUAAAACCUUACAUUGAUCCUGAAAAGUCUGAUCCUGUAAUUCGUCAAAGGUUGAAAGCCUACAUUUGCUCUCAGACUGGGGUUCAAAUUUUAAUGAAGGUCGAAUAUAUGCAGCAAAAUUUAGUAAGAUAUUAUGAACUGGAUCCUUAUAAAAGUCUCCUAGACAAUUUAAGGAAGAAAGUGAUCAUUGAAUACCCAACAUUACAUGUGGUAUUGAAAGGAUCCAGUAAUGACAUGAAAAUUCUUCACCAAGUGAAAAGUGAAUCUACCAAGAACAUUGGCAAUGAAAAUUGAGCACUUCUUCUGGAAGAAAAAGAUGAAAAUUCCCAAACAGUUGCAGAGGACUGUGCAUUGAUGAGCUGUCAGAUGAUUGGGGUAUAGUCAGUGGGUGGUUGGAAUUUUUUGUUUUUCUAAAAAGAAAUUAAAGAAUCUUAUUUUAAAAAUGUAUUUUAUAGCCUCUUGAAUUAAUUGACUUGUAAGGCCCCCUGCUCAUAAGAACCCACUUUUGCACCUGAUCAGCAUAGUGCUUUUUGGGCAUAGGCUGAUAACUUUUUUUUUUUUGGUUAGUUUGAUGUAAGACCAAACCCAAGGAUCACCUGUGUCAACCACAAAGUUGGCAUUUGCUUAGUGGAACUUCACUAAACAGAAAGACUGUGAAACAUUCCAUUUAACCACAGGAGAGCUAGUCCUCUAUCAGUUACCCAUUCUUGUCUUUUGAGGUUAUAUGCAACUUAUCCCUUUUGAGACAACUUUUGUACUUGGGAAACUCCCAGUACUAUGUCUUUUGUAAAGGCUGUGUAAGUACAUUAACUACUGUUUCUUAUAUUCAGUUCAGAAAAUCAGCAGCUCCAUGUUGUUUGAACAAUCAGUGCUAAUGAAUUUGGCUCUACUUGUUCACACAGUGACCUGUGUUGUAUGAAUUCUGUGCCUUUCAUCGCAUUCCCAGUCCACUGUCAUCAUCAUUACCACAAGGGGUGUUGUGAUGAAGAGUUUUAUGCUGUAUUUUGGUACAUCUAGCAAUAAUUAAAGAAAGAAAAAAAAAAAAACACUUGGAGCUUUUCAAUGUGUUCUUAAAAUGUAUAUGUGUGUAAUUAUGUAUAUAUAUAUGGCUUAAUUUAUACCUUAUGGGAGCUCUGUAUAUGUUAUGAUCUCACAUAUUGAAAUUAAAGUUUUCUAAUUUUAUUGGAAUUUAUGCAGUUAUAAAAUUGCAAUAUGACUAUAAAAGUAAAAGAUUACUUCUGUA